AUGACUGAUAACUUAAGUUUAGAGUUAAUAAAGUGUCUCAUCAAUCAACCUGGAUUAGAUGUUAAUGUUAGAGGAUUAAAUGGAAAGACACCACUACAUUGCGCUAUAGAGUUUGAUGAAUUAAGUAUGGUAGAUCUGUUACUCACGAAAAAGAACAUUAAUCCUUUUGUUGAGGACAAUGAAGGCAAAACCUCCUUAGAUUAUGCCAAAGAAGAACAAGAUAGCUUACUUCAUUUAGCUGCAAUGAUAGGUGAAAUUAAUGCAGUUAGAUAUUUGAUCAGAAAAGGUAUUGACGUUAAUGUACGAAAUGCUCUGCAUCAUACUCCAUUACAUCUAGCAGCAGGCAUAGGACAUGAAAAUGUUGUCAAAAUUUUAGUGGAAGAAGGAAGCGCUGAAAUAGAUGUCUUUGAUGCACGAAAUCAGACACCAAUGCACUAUGCAGUUAAUAACAAGAAGUUGGAGAUAGUAAAGUUAUUACUGGAGCUAGGAGCAGAUGUAAAUAGCGCACGUGUAGGACAAAACUCGAUGAAAUUAUCACCUGUGCAUAUAGCUAUUGGCACAGUACCUAAGAGAGAAGUAGUUCUCACAGCAGGAGUAGAUGUUCAAAAAGAUCGCUUGGAAGUAGAAGUUGUAGCCUGGGGAAAAGGCAGAGAAAAUUGGUCAAUAGACUACCGAGUAUUUGAAGGAGAUACAGGAGGUAGGGAAGUAUGGGGAAAACUCUCUGAGCUCUUAAAUCAUCAUUUUAUCGGUGAAAAUGGGCUUGAGUAUAUGAUAAGCAUGAUGGCAGUAGAUGCAGGAUAUGCGACACAAGAAGUAUACAAUUGG